GUGCUAUCAGAGACCAGACUGUCCUGGACCUGGACCCGGACCUGGGUCCAUAAAGACUGACAGGUCAAUGGAUUAUCCUGAGAAGGUCAAAGAUGGAUGCUCAACAGGGAGGAAGCUGGAAGAACCUGAACCCAGCUGUGUGUCCAUGAAGAGUGACAGAUCAAUGGAUCCUCCUCUAUUCUUCAAAGAUGGACACCACUCCACCAGAAGGAGGAAGCCGAAAGAACCUGAACCCAGCGGUGUGUCCAUGAAGAGUGACAGAUCUAUGGCUCCUCCUCUAUUCUUCAAAGACGGACACCGCUCCACUAGAAGAGUGGACAAGCAGAGCUCAGAGGUUCCCGAUGGUCAGUCUGCCCAGCAGCAUCAGACAGACCUGGACUCCAUAUUUCUGCUGCUGGAGGAGAACAUCAGCAUUUUUGUGAAGACUGAGCUGAAGAAGAUCCAGAAGGUUCUGAGUCCAGAUUACCAAGAAUCCUCUGACACUCAGAGGGAGGAUGAAGAGCAGAUGAGGAGCGGCAGAGAGGCCUUUCUGAAGAUCACACUGCACUUCCUGAGGACAAUGGAGCAGAAGGAUCUGGCUGACUGUCUGCAGAGAAGAAGUUAUUCUGGAGUUUGUCAGCGUAAUCUGAAGUCUAACCUUCAGAAGAAGUUCAAGUGUGUGUUUGAGGGGAUCUCUAAAGCAGGAAAGCAGACCCUUCUGAAUCAGAUCUACACAGAGCUCUACAUCUCAGAGGGAGGGACUGCAGAGGUCAAUAAGGAACAUGAAGUCAGACAGAUUGAAACAGCAUCCAGGAAACCAGACAGACCAGAAACAACAAUCAGACAAGAAGACAUCUUUGAAGCCCCACCUGGAAGAGAUGAACCAAUCAGAACAGUGCUGACAAAGGGAGUGGCUGGCAUUGGGAAAACGGUCUUAACACAGAAGUUCACUCUGGACUGGGCUGAAGACAAAACCAACCAGGACAUCCACUUCAUAUUUCCAUUCACUUUCAGAGAGCUGAAUGUGCUGAAAGAGAAAAAGUUUAGCUUGGUGGAACUUGUUGAUCACUUCUUUCCUGAAAUCAAAGAAGCAGGAAUCUGCAGGUUUGAAGAGUUCCACGUUGUGUUGAUCUUUGACGGUCUGGAUGAGUGUCGACUUCCUCUGGACUUCCACAACACUGAGAUCCUGACUGAUGUCACAGAGUCCACCUCAGUGGAUGUGCUGCUGAUAAACCUCAUCAGGGGGAAACUGCUUCCCUCUGCUCGCCUCUGGAUAACCACACGACCUGCAGCAGCCAGUCAGAUCCCUGCUGGCUGUGUUGACAUGGUGACAGAGGUCAGAGGGUUCACUGACCCACAGAAGAAGGAGUACUUCAGGAAGAGAUUCAAAGAUAGGAAGCAGGCCAGCAGAAUCAUCUCCCACAUCAAGAAAUCACGAAGCCUCCACAUCAUGUGCCACAUCCCAGUCUUCUGCUGGAUCUCUGCUACAGUUCUGGAUCUGUUGAAAACCAGAGAAGGAGGAGAACUGCCCAAGACCCUGACUGAGAUGUACAUCCACUUCCUGGUGGUUCAGUCCAAAGUGAAGAAUAUCAAAUAUGAUGGAGGAGCUGAGACAGAUCCACAGUGGAGUCCAGAGAGCAGGAAGAUGAUUGAGUCUCUGGGAAAACUGGCUUUUGAUCAGCUGCAGAAAGGAAACCUGAUCUUCUAUGACUCAGACCUGACAGAGUGUGGCAUCGAUAUCACAGCAGCCUCAGUGUACUCAGGAGUGUUCACACAGGUCUUUAGAGAGGAGAGAGGACUGUACCAGGACAGGGUGUUCUGCUUCGUCCAUCUGAGUGUUCAUGAGUUUCUGGCUGCUCUUCAUGUUCAUCUGACCUUCAUCAAGUCUGGAGUCAAUCUGAUGGCAGAGGAACCAACAGAGUGUCUCUACCAGAGUGCUGUGGACAAGGCCUUACAGAGUCCAAAUGGACACCUGGACUUGUUCCUUCGCUUCCUCCUGGGUCUUUCUCUGGAGACCAAUCAGAAUCUCCUACGAGGUCUGCUGACACUGACAGGAAGUAGCUCACAGACCAAUCAGGAAACAGUCCAGUACAUCAAGAAGAAGAUCAGUGAGGAUCUGUCUCCAGAGAGAAGCAUCAACCUGUUCCACUGUCUGAAUGAACUGAAUGAUCGUUCUCUAGUGAAGAAGAUCCAAAAGUCCCUGAGAUCAGGACGUCUCUCCUCAGAUGAACUGUCUCCUGCUCAGUGGUCAGCUCUGGUCUUCAUCUUACUGUCAUCAGAAACAAAUCUGGACGUGUUUGACCUGAAGAAAUACUCUGCUUCAGAGGAGGCUCUUCUGAGGCUGCUGCCAGUGGUCAAAGCCUCCAACAAAGCUCUUCUCAGUGGCUGUAACCUGUCAGAGAGAAGCUGUGAAGCUCUGUCCUCAGUCCUCAGCUCCCAGUCCUCCAGUCUGAGAGAGCUGGACCUGUGUAACAACGACCUGCAGGAUUCAGGAGUGGAGCGGCUGUGUCCUGGACUGGAGAGUCCACAUUGUAAACUGGGAACUCUCAGGCUGAGUGUCUGUAACCUGUCAGAGAGAAGCUGUGGAGCUCUGUCCUCAGUCCUCAGCUCCCAGUCCUCCAGUCUGAGAGAGCUGGACCUGAGUAACAACGACCUGCAGGAUUCAGGAGUGAAGAGGCUGUCUCCUGGACUGGAGAGUCCACAUUGUAAACUGGGAACUCUCAGUCUUUCCGGCUGUCUGGUCUCAGAGGACGGCUGUGCUUCUCUGGCCUCAACUCUGAGAUCCAACCCUUCCCACCUGAGAGUCCUGGACCUGAGCUACAACCAUCCAGGAAGCUCAGGACAGAAGCUGCUGGAGGAUCCACGCUGCAGACUGGACACUCUCAGGGCGGAGCCUGCUGGAGUCCACUGGAUGACAUCAGGUCUGAGGAAGUAUCGUUGUGAACUCACAGUCGACACAAACACAGUCAGCAGGAACAUCAGACUGUCUGACAACAACAGGACGCUGACAUAUGUGAGAAUGGAGGAGGAUCAGCCGUACCCUGAUCAUCCAGACAGGUUUGACUGUCCUCAGCUGCUGUGUAGAGAUGGUCUGACUGGUCGCUGUUACUGGGAGGUCGAGUGGAGUGGAGAUGUUGAUGUAUCAGUGAGUUACAGAGGAAUCAGACGGAGAGGAGACAGUGAUGACUGUUGGUUUGGAUGUAAUGAUCAGUCCUGGAGUCUGAGGGUCUCUGAUGGUGUUCACACUGGCAGGCACAAUGAUAGAGAAACAUCCUUCUCCAAAAGCAUCAGACUCUUCCUCAACCCCCCCUCUGGUAGAGUAGGAGUGUAUGUGGACUGUCCUGCUGGCAUUCUGUCCUUCUACAGAGUCUCCUCUGGCUCUCUGAUCCACAUCCAGACCAUCAACACCACAUUCACUGAACCUCUUUAUCCUGGCUUUGGGUUUCUGUCUGGUUCCUCAGUGUCUCUGUGAGAGGACAGACUGUCUCCCCCUCUCCUCUCUGCUCUGUGUAAACAGCCUCUCCUGUCCUCUCCUCUCUGCUCUGUGUAAACAGCCUCUCCUGUCCUCUCCUCUCUGCUCUGUGUAAACAGCCUCUCCUGUCCUCUCCUCUCUGCUCUGUGUAAACAGCCUCUCCUGUCCUCUCCUCUCAGCUCUGUGUAAACAGCCUCUCCUGUCCUCUCCUCUCUGCUCUGUGUAAACAGCCUCUCCUGUCCUCUCCUCUCUGCUCUGUGUAAACAGCCUCUCCUGUCCUCUCCUCUCUGCUCUGUGUAAACAGCCUCUCCCGUCCUCUCCUCUCUGUUCUGUGUAAACAGCCUCUCCUGUCCUCUCCUCUCUGCUCUGUGUAAACAGCCUCUCCUGUCCUCUCCCCUCUGCUCUGUGUAAACAGCCUCUCCUGUCCUCUCCUCUCUGCUCUGUGUAAACAGCCUCUCCUGUCCUCUCCCCUCUGCUCUGUGUAAACAGCCUCUCCUGUCCUCUCCUCUCUGCUCUGUGUAAACAGCCUCUCCUGUCCUCUCCUCUCUGCUCUGUGUAAACAGCCUCUCCUGUCCUCUCCUCUCUGCUCACAGAGAUUUUCUCACAGAUUUUCAGUGAAUAUUUGUGACAGUCAGUCAAGACAGACAGUUUUCUGAUAUUUUACAGUUUUUGUUUAUAUUUUAGGGGAGAAAAUCUUCCUUCCAUUUCCCAGAUGUUUUAUUGAUAAAACUAAUCCUCUUGUAUUAUAACUUCACAUAUUUUACCUGUUUUCUACUCGGUAGAUUUUCAUUCUUUUUAUUAUUAUUUUUUAAAUGAAUACUAUUACUGAUGUAUAGUUGAUUUCAUGUAUUUAGUUACUUUCCAAAUGUUGCAGCUGGUAAAAUAAUGUAAUGCCUCUAUAAACUUCUGCUAGAUUAACCUGUAAUAAUAACUAUUGACUAUAUUUAGUUUGACUAAUCUGUAAAGUAACUGAAGCUGCCAGAUAAAUGUAAUGGAGUAUUAAAUACUGUGACUACAGGAGAGUAAAUGUACUCAGUUACUUUGCUGCUCUAAUAAAAAACACAAUAACAUUAAACUGUCAAACUGAAUAAAAACUUGUUUUAUUGGAAUCUCAAUAUUUUCACAUAUUUCAGAUUUCCUGCUGAAUAAAUGUUCAGAUCAAACUGUUGUAAAACUGUUGUAAAAUGUUCAAAUAUUAACUCGAAAAUACAGUGAAAGGGUCAAAGUUAUGAGACCAAACCCCUAAAUGUCCUUUUUUAAUCUAUAUAACGUUAUAUAUAACUUUAUUGACACGUUGCCUUGUUAGUGACCUGUCAAUCAAAGGUAGCCCCGCCCCAAAUCAUACGAUUCUUUAUCUUCUAUUUUCUUCUAAAUGGGGCCAUUAUUUACACUAUUAACAUCAGAUUGUCUUGAAGAAGAUUUUUUACUAGUGAUUGAGACCAUAGUGUUUUCUCUCAUUUUGCCUUGAAAUGAAUGGACAGAAAUGUUUUUGCAGCCAAACUUUUUAUUAUUUCAUCAUAUAAAUCUAUUAUUAUCUUUUGUAUUCGUAGUAGCUAGUGUUGGGACAACG